UUUCCCAACAUCCCAAAACAGUGUCAUUCGAAGAAAUCACACGUGGUCGGAUGAAAACGGUCUGCAGCUGAUCUUUUUUGAAGAAAUUAAAGUUGUUUAAAACUCUGAUUCAUUUAAAUUUCUAAUAGUAGUAAAUGGUGAUCUUAAUAUAACAAGAACUGCUUGUAACAUACGGAGAACAAUACAAAAUUAGAAUAAAAUAAAAUAUAUUGGGUUACGUUACGUUUAAAUUUAAACAAUAUAAAUAAAUUAAAGUAUUGAACAGAAGUUAAUAGUGUUGUUGAGUGUACAAAUAGGUUAUUAGUAAUUAAAGUCUACGUGGAGGUCAGGAUAUGGAGGUUAACAACGUUGAGAUAAAAGAGGAAAAACCUGAAAUUGAAAUCUGUAGUUUGGAGGCUGAAGUAGGUGCCCCUGAAAGAAAUGGCCUUAAGAAGGUAAAGAAGGAAUCCAAACCGGGGAUUAUCUACCUAUCCACCGUACCUCCUAAGAUGAACGUGCUUCAAAUCAGAGAGUAUUUUUCAGCAUUUGGGCCCAUCAACCGCUCGUUUAUGCAGCCGGAUAAGAAAAUUAAACAUAAGGGAAAAGGCCGGCCAAAAAAUCAAAUAUUUACAGAAGGAUGGAUCGAAUUCCUUAAACGUCGACAUGCCAAGAAAGUUGCAUCCAUGCUGAACAAUCGUGCUGUUGGUGGGAAAAAGAGGAAAGAGUAUCAUGACCACCUUUGGAAUAUUAAGUAUCUUCCUGGCUUCCAGUGGGUUCAUCUAAAUGAGCGUCUAGCCUAUGAAAGAAUAUCCACCAAAGCGAAGAUUCGGGCCGAAGUAUCCGCAGCCAAGAGGGAAGCCUCCUAUUUUGCCAAGAAUGUCGAACUAAGCGGUCGACUGAAAAAGAAGGGCGUGCUUACAAAAUCUGGACGGUCAACAGAAAAAACGGCGAUUAGGACUACACAGAAACUGGAAUAGUUACUCUAUUUCUUUUAUAUUUUAUUCUCUUAUAUAUAUAGAUACAUGUACAUAUUUUUACUCGGUAUAAUAAUACGUGUAUGGAUUUGAAGAACCCUA